AUGUGGUCUGGAUAUAAGGUCUUAAUCUUUUACUACCUGACCAUGGGAAUUUGUACAGAGAAGCACCAUUUAUCUGGAAGAGCCGCAGACCUAGGAGCUGAUUUCAGUAGGAACCGCACCAUUUCCGAAGGUACACGAUUCAAAAGAGCCAUUUUCAGAGGUCAAUACUGUAGAAGUUUUGGUUGUUGUGAAGACAGAGAUGAUGGCUGUGUUGCUCAGUUCUAUGAGAUGAACGCAGUGUGUUACUGUGAUAAAUUCUGUGAGAGGGAAAAUUCUGAUUGCUGUCCUGAUUACAAGUCCUUUUGUCAUGAAGAGAAAGAAUGGCCUCCUCACACAAACCCUUGGUAUCCAGAAGGUUGCCUCAGAAAUGGACAACAUUAUAAAGAAGGAUCGGUUAUUAAAGAAAACUGUAAUUCCUGCACAUGCUCAGGACAACAGUGGAGAUGUUCCCAGAAUGUAUGCCUUGUUCAACCAGAAUUAAUCGAACAUAUCAAUAAAGGAGACUAUGGAUGGACAGCUCAGAACUACAGCCAAUUCUGGGGAAUGACUUUAGAAGAAGGUCUCAAAAAUCGUCUUGGUACCUUGCCACCUAGCCCCAAGCUUCUAAGUAUGAAUGAAGUAACAGCUUCUCUGCCUGCCACAACUGUUCUUCCAGAGUUUUUUGUUGCUUCUUAUAAGUGGCCUGGAUGGACUCAUGGCCCACUAGAUCAGAAGAAUUGUGCUGCAUCAUGGGCAUUUUCUACUGCAAGUGUGGCAGCUGAUCGAAUAGCAAUUCAGUCCCAGGGUCGAUAUACAGCCAAUUUAUCCCCUCAGAAUUUGAUCUCUUGUUGUCCCAAGAAUCGUCAUGGAUGCAACAGUGGAAGCAUUGAUAGAGCUUGGUGGUACCUGAGAAAACGUGGACUGGUAUCCCAUGCCUGUUAUCCACUUUUCAAGAACCAAAGUGCUACUAAUAACAUUUGUGCCAUGGCAAGUAGAUCUGAUGGGCGUGGGAAAAGACAUGCCACAAAGCCAUGUCCCAACAACUUCGAGAAGUCCAAUCAGAUCUACCAAUGUUCUCCUCCAUACAGAAUCUCUUCCAAUGAAACUGAGAUAAUGAAAGAAAUAUUGCAAAAUGGACCAGUUCAAGCCAUAAUUCAAGUCCACGAAGAUUUCUUCCAUUAUAAAACAGGGAUAUACAGACAUGUUCCCCAAACCAGUGGAGGAGUAGAAAAAUACCAAAAGCUGAGAACGCAUGCAGUCAAACUCACUGGGUGGGGAACACUGAAGGGAGCUCAAGGGCAGAAAGAAAAGUUUUGGAUUGCUGCCAAUUCCUGGGGAAAUUCAUGGGGAGAGAAUGGCUAUUUCAGGAUUCUUCGAGGAGUAAAUGAAUCUGACAUUGAAAAGUUGAUUAUUGCAGCUUGGGGCCAACUGACAAGUUCAGAUGUACCAUAA